UUCAUAAAUCUCUGCAAACCUCUGCUCUCUCUUCCUCAAUCUGUCUUGCUUUCGCUCUAUUUUUUUGCUGUUAUUUUUAUUGUCCUCUGUAAUAAAAAAAACUCAACUUGGGAAUCAGAAGAACAACGUUUUCACUCUUCACGGAUAAAUUCAGGGCAGGAGUUUCGAAGGCCAAGUUUGAUUCAAGCAUCAAUUUUGGAGAUAGAUUCGUUUUAACUUUGUCGUUGUGUGAAAUGGCUGAAGAGAACGAAGUGACAGAGACAUUCAAGGGUUUGGGUGUUUGUGAAGAACUUGUGGAGGUAUGUGAUAGCUUGGGUUGGGAAAACCCAUCGAAGAUCCAGGUUGAGGCCAUUCCUCAUGCACUUCAAGGGAAAGAUUUGAUUGGACUAGCCCCCACGGGUUCUGGUAAGACUGCAGCCUUUGCUCUCCCCAUUAUCCAGUCUAUUUUAGAGUCUCCAAAAGCAUCACAAGCAUUCAUUGCUUGCGUGCUCUCUCCAACGAGGGAACUUGCUAUUCAGAUUGCCGAACAGUUUGAAGCUUUGGGUUCUGGCUUUGGCUUAAAGUGUGCAGUGGUCGUUGGAGGGGUAGAUAUGAUGCAACAGGCAAUUGCACUUGCUAAAAGGCCGCAAGUUGUUGUGGGAACACCUGGCCGCCUUGUGGAUCAUCUUUCCAAUACAAAGGGUUUUAGCCUUCGGACGUUGAAAUACCUGGUAUUGGAUGAGGCUGAUAGGCUUCUGAAUGAGGAUUUUGAGAAAACAAUUGAUGAGAUCUUGAAGGCUAUUCCCCGAGAACGGAAUACCUUUUUAUUUUCGGCUACUAUGACCAAAAAGGUGCGGAAGCUCCAAAGAGCAUGUUUGAGAAACCCUGUGAAGAUAGAAAUAGCAUCUAAGUAUUCCACUGUUGAUACACUAAAGCAGCAAUUUCGCUUUAUUCCUUCAAAGUAUAAGGACUGCUAUCUUGUUUAUAUUCUUACAGAGAUGUCUGGAAGUACAUCCAUGGUUUUUACUCGUACAUGUGAGCAAACUCGGCUUCUGGCUUUGCUUCUUAGAAAUCUUGGAUUACGGGCCAUCCCUAUAAGUGGUCAAAUGAGCCAGGCGAAGCGACUUGGAGCAUUAAAUAAGUUCAAGGCUGGAGAAUGUAACAUUCUGAUCUGUACCGAUGUGGCAAGUAGGGGGCUUGAUAUUGCUUCUGUGGAUGUGGUUAUCAAUUUUGAUAUCCCCACCAAUUCCAAGGAUUAUAUUCAUCGUGUGGGUAGAACUGCUCGUGCUGGACGAUCUGGGGUUGCAAUCUCCUUAGUAAAUCAGUAUGAGUUGGAGUGGUAUCUUCAAAUAGAGAAGCUUAUUGGCAAAAAACUUCCAGAGUUUCCUGCUGAAGAAGAGGAAGUUCUGUUACUGCUAGAACGUGUGACAGAAGCCAAAAGAAUUUCGCAGAUGAAAAUAAAGGAGUCUGGAGGUGGCAAAAAGAGGAGAGGACGAGAUGAUGAUGAAGAAGUUGACAGAUUCUUAACUUCGAAGAAUGGGAAAUCAUUCAAGAAAUCAAAGAAACACUGAUGGUUGAGCCAAGGUCUUCCAUUUGCAAUUUUGGUAGAUUUCAAAUGGUCUUUUUUCAUUUUUGAUUGAUGAGUGAAGGAUU